CUGUGGUCACCGGAAGUCAUUUUCUUUUUUGCAGCUGAACGCACUUGUAAUGAAACGUAAAUUUUGUUAGGAGUACGGAGCUCGCUACCUAGCGAUAAUCCUAGAUUGUGUUCGGAUUGAGAAUACAGCCCUGCGUUCCAGACCUUGUAUAACGUUACGCAUGUGUUGCUUCUCUUCAGACUCUUCACUGGUUGACAAGUAGCUUGCAAAAAUGGCCGAGGUCGACCCAGGAUUGCCUUUUCCAAAUGAAACUCCAACUCAAGAUGUCCUGACUAAUGACACCGUUUCAAAUAGUACCGACUCCGCUAACGCCACUGUUGGGAAGUUUGUGUCCACACCUGAAGGCUCAGCACUGGCAUAUGGUAGCCUGCUUUUCAUGGCUCUGUUCCCCAUCUUCUUCGGUGCCCUGCGAUCCGUCAGCUACGCCAAGAGCAAGAGCUCCUCAGAUGUGCCGGAGACCAUCACCAGUCGGGACGCUGCCAGGUUCCCUAUCAUUGCCAGCUGCACCCUCUUUGGGUUGUACCUCUUCUUCAAAAUAUUUUCUCAAGAAUAUAUUAAUUUGUUGCUGUCGAUAUACUUCUUUAUGUUGGGCAUUUUGGCUUUAUCCCACACUAUGAGUCCAUUCAUGGAUCAGGCUUUUCCAGACAACUUCCCCAACAAGCAGUACCAGCUUCUGCUCACACAGAGUUCAGAGGAGAGCAGGGAUGAAAUCAUCAAUUACGAGUUUGACAGCAAAGACCUGCUCUGCCUCUGCGUCAGCACAGUGAUUGGGGUCUGGUACAUACUAAAGAAGCACUGGAUCGCCAAUAACCUGUUCGGCCUGGCGUUCGCUCUGAACGGCGUCGAGCUGCUCCACCUCAACAGCGUCUGCACCGGCUGCAUCCUGCUGGCUGGCCUGUUCGUCUACGACGUCUUCUGGGUUUUUGGGACCAAUGUCAUGAUAACCGUGGCGAAGUCAUUUGAAGCCCCAGUCAAAUUGGUGUUCCCUCAGGACCUGCUGGAGAGGGGGCUGGAUGCCAAUAACUUUGCAAUGCUGGGUUUGGGAGAUAUCAUAAUUCCAGGUAUCUUUAUAGCAUUACUUCUGCGCUUCGAUGUCAGCUUAAAGAAUAACACAAGGACCUAUUUCUACACCAGUUUCUUGGCCUAUGUCUUUGGCCUGGGGCUCACCAUAUUUGUCAUGCACACCUUCAAACAUGCACAGCCUGCACUUCUGUACCUGGUCCCAGCCUGCAUUGGGUUCCCUGUGGCAGUAGCCCUUGUGAAGGGGGAAUUAACAGAAAUGUUCAGCUACGAGUCUUCGGAGGAGGUGUUACCUCACACUCCGCGGCUGACCCACUUUCCCUCCGUUUCGGGCUCGCCCGCCAACAUCGCUAACUCCAUGCAGGCCUCGCCCUGUCGCCAGCGCCACACGCCCGCACACAUGUAUGAAGAAUCGCCCGCCGAGGUAGACGCUACACAUGCAGGAGAGGUAGACUCAGAGAAAAAAGAUAAAUAAUGAACAAGAAUCUCCCAUUGCUUUUACACGCGCCUGAGCUGCACUCUCACCACAGGGUGGCGCUGUUAAUGCACAUGAAAAUGUAUAUUAAGUGACUGUGUAACAUGGACAUUUGUAGGAUUUUAGUGGUUUGUUUAAAGGGAGAAAAGUAUAACAAUGUACUUUACUAUUUAAUUUUAUUUGCCUUUUUACACUGUUUGCAACAUCAGUUUGUAUAGACUGCAUAUGUGUUACUGUCAUUCAUAUUGGAGGCAAGAACUCCAUUUCUUUACUGGGAGUGAAAUUAAGCAAAAAGAGUUUUUAUGUAUGAAAGAGUUGAUCAUGUUCUGUUCUGGAUGAGGAGCUGGGUGAACUGCACUGCUGACGAGGAUUCAGUGUUUUUCCUCAGUAUUUGUGCAGAAUUCAGGCUUGUAUUUGUUGCAUUUUUAAAACGACAGCACCUUUGUACGCUCCUUUAGUCAUUGCAGUGUUCACCCCUCGAACGGUGGUGCCAAACCAGUGGUAGCAGUUGUGGGUGUUUUUGCAGUAGAAGUGUUCCUGUGUUAUUCAUGUACACACACAGCUCAGCUGAUGCACCCAUGCUCAAGGGCACGUGUGUAGAGUCAGCUUACGCUGGUCACGGUGCCCUAAAUUGUAUUGCGUAUUAUCAAGGCCGUGUUUUUUUUAUUGCCUAUUAAUUAUGUUAACCAGCAGUGAGAUGCUGAUACGGCUUCCUUAUUUAGACACUCGUUAUGUGAUCCUUUAAAGACAGCACUUUUUAAAUUGGAUUGAUGGGUUUGUUUGGGGCCCUGGGAUUAGGUUGUUUGAGGGCAGUGGCAGAGAAAUCACCAGGCAGCGGAAAUGUUGUUCCCAAGGCAACUUUAAUGCAAGCUUGGUAGAGAACCUAAUACAGAGGAUGCUAAUCUUCAGGAAGCUAGUCUUCAUCCAAGGUACUCUCGGUUACAAAGUGUUGAAUAGGUAUGCAUUUUAUAAUACAUAUUAAUCUUUCUAAAGAAUUCUUGGUCAGGAUGAUUUUACAUGUCAUGUUUCUAGGCAGACAAAACAUUAACAACAUUUGAAAUGACUAGCUGUUAGUGUGUACAUAUGAACAGGCAUUCCUUUGUUCCAUCAUUUUUACGUAUUUUUACGUGUUUAUUUAUAGGUGCAUGUGUAUGGGGGUUAGUAACAAUGUGUGUGUGUGUGUGUGGGGGGGGGGGGGGGUGGGAGUGUAUUAGAGUAGUAAUAUGUAUACUUUGUUAGUAUAUAUGGUGUUAGUGUUUGUCUGGCUGUCGCUUUUCUUUUCUUGUAUCCUAUUAUCUUGAAGAGGCCCAAGACAGUGGGGUCUUCCCCUGCGUCUGACUGUGUGGCCGUAGUGACCCCAGGAGGCAGGCUCAGUCCAUAUGAACCCCAGGCCCUGCUCCUCUACCCCAUGUCUGUGCAGCCAAGCCACUUCUGUAGUACAUACAGAGCAAUUUUGCUUGGUCACAUGUAGAUACACAGCACCCUUUAGAAGCCACUGCACAGUUCAUUGUUUUUCCAUGUGUAAAAUAAAGGCACAGAACUGCACUGUAGUCAGUCCUGUUGUAAAAUGAAGUGCUGCUUGUCCUUUGUUAGCAGUGUUAAUUGUAAAUGUAGCAAUAUUUCUGUGUAUGAGUUAGUCGCAGUGAAUGUGAGGUAAAUGGUUUUGUUACAUAGACAUGAUGUUUGAAAUGGCUUGAAAGCAUACACAAUACAUAGAUAAUUUUUUGUGAGAUGGGCCACAUAACAUACAGCUUUAGGGAUUUAUUUCAUUUUUAAUGUUGUUUUUUUAAGCGCUGAUUGCCCGUUUCAAUUGCUGGUGAAUUGACUGAUGAGCAGUGUUUUUGUCUGUCUUAGAGAAAUGUGAUUUUUCAUUUGUAUGACAUGAUUAUUCCUGUUCUUCUGCAUGCUGUCCAAAGUGAAGGGUUCUUCUGACAAAGCUGUGAAUUGGUUUAGGGAUUUUUAAGGGAUAUGGUUCACAGUUGUAAAUAGUAAUUCAUAUUUAAAGAUCUCUGUUUUUUUUUCUGUUACAGUAUAUCAGGGCAAGUGGACGCUAGCUUGUUUUGUUGAGGUGUGGUUUUACAGUAAAUGGUGGAGUACUGUACAUCACUGGUCGCAUUAAUUCCUGUCUUUGAGUGCUUAUCCAUUGCAGUGAAAACUAAAAUAUAUGUAGGGAGAAGAUACAUUUCAGUCCACAGAAAACUGACUAUACUGUAGUUUGUAGACAUUUCAGUCUGCAGUAAUCCGUUUGCUUAUUUGUACUUAUAAAAUGCUUCGGUUCUUGUGCAUAUUUGAGGCUUAUUAUCUUCGAUAAUUAUGAGUGUUUGAAUGUAUGAGUUUUUGAGGUUGCCUCUUAUGAAUAGGCCUACUACACAUUUUGGAGUUUUUGUGCCAUUUAUGCAAGGUUUUUUACUGUCCUUAAUUUAAGAAAUACAGUCCCAGCAUGAUUACUGCAGCUGUUGGGAUUUCUGGGAAUGAAAUGGGAUGUUUUUUUGGGGGAGUCAGCGUGCACUUGCAUUUUCAGUACAAAUGUCUGUUUCCCGUGAACAUCCUGGUCAGAUACCGCUUAGUGCGAUUCCUCUUGUGAGAUCUUCCCCAGCUGCAGUCGAGCAUUCCUGAAGGUGACGUGGAGAAUGCGUUUGAUCCGGUCGGGCCAGAUGUACGGUUGAAUAGGGGCGGUUUGUCUCCCCGGGGGUUCCGAAGCGGCGCGCUGUUUUAGAAGUGCCUCGAUUGAUCUGAAGUCGUCGCUAGUCUCGCUAUUCGGUGCCGUCGCGAAGCAGCCGUUCACCCCGCCACUCGCGGCAAUGUUUUCUUAACAUUUCAAGUAACUGCACCGGUGCGGGGUUGAAGUGGGGGAAAUUAGAAGCAGUUAAAUUAGAACGCAGUCAGUGACGUAGUGCUGCGAGUGAGAACGGAAGGGAGUAAAAUAAUAGAAGAGCUGGAACUUGCAGGUGGCGCGCAAAUGGAAAAAGGGGGCAUCUUUGGGGGAGAGAAUCACCUACAGACCCGUUUUGCUUGGACAUAAUGCUUCUGGUUUUGGCCCGUGUAAGAAAUCGGUUUGUGAUUUAUUGCCGCGGGGCCCUCAUUUGAAGUGGCAUCAACUCCGGAAAUCUAAAAAUUUGAGUUUUUGACAUCGCUCUCUCGUCUCCGCUUUGCGCCAAGACAGAUGAGAGGGGGUGGUGGUGCCCUGAUAAAAUUCGGCCCUCUGGGUCGGUCGCGGAACAUUUUGUUCUGUGGUGCAGGGUGACUACAUCCUUAUUUUACACAUUUUCUCCUAGACAAAUAGAACUAUUUUGAAAACGGUUCCACCUACACCAGAAAGCUAUUGAUUCUGGGCUGUAAAUUUUAAAAAGGAGGCGAAUGAGAAAACACAACCUUCUCUAUUCCAUUUCUCAUGUUUUCCUUUAAAUAAUUUUAGAAAUGUUUUUAGAGGGAUCUCA